GAUUUUCAGUCCUCAGGCCAUUCACGAACACGUCACAGUUCGACUUGGUGACUUCAACUGGAAACAUAUAAAUCACUAUAGCAAUAUAUCACUCUCGAGUCUCUCUGGGUUCCUCCUCAUCCUCAUCAUCAGUAACGUGCGUACCUCCGAGGAAUCAAUAUCGAUGCAACCAAGGUGAACCUGUCAUCCCAAUAUCAUGUCUCGCGCAUCUCUCCAAUCAUCAGACCAUGACUUUGGGUCCAAUGGUAAAGGCAAAGGGCUAGGAUCUCAGGACGACUUGGAGUCCUCUGACUCCGAAACCCGCAAUGCCAUGUCCGUGUGGUUUGCCCAAAGGGCCGCGGCACUUUGCACUCGGAAGCAGCUGCUCAAGCGCCUCCCCAUCUUGGAGUGGCUCCCGAAGUACAAUGGUGAAAAAGCCGUGUCCGACCUGAUCGCCGGCAUUACCGUCGGGCUGACUGUCAUUCCCCAAGCCAUCGCUUACGCGGAUGUGGCCAAUCUGCCACCUCAGUAUGGCUUGUAUUCCGCCUUCGUGGGAUGCUUUGUGUAUUGCUUUUUUGGUAGCUCCAAAGAUAUCACCAUUGGUCCCACGGCUAUUAUGGCCCUAAUGACAGCCGAACACGUUCACAGUGGGCCCGAAGGUCCGGCGUUUGCCGUCCUUUUAGCUUUUCUGAGUGGCCUCAUCAUUUUUGUUCUGGGUGCUUUACAAUUGGGAUUCGUGAUUGAUUUCAUCUCAAUCCCGGUGACAGCGGGCUUCACUUCGGCUGCGGCCAUCACUAUCGCCUCCUCUCAAGUCAAGGGCCUUUUUGGCUUGGAAAUCACUAAACAUUCCCAUAUCGAAGGCGUGCAAGGCACUUGGAUCGACAUUGUCAAGAAUUUCAAAAGCUUCCGUUAUCAAGACACUAUUCUGGGCUUUAUUUGCAUCGUCGUUCUCCUGCUUCUACGGAUAACAAGAAAUGUCAACUGGUUUGACUCCAUCGAAGACUUGGAUGAACCCACUUCAUGUCAAAUUCAAUGCAACCGUCUGGGUACAAUGGGUCGAAGAAUUAUGGGCAAGUUGGUAUGGGUGGUUGCUACCGCCAGAAAUGCGGUGAUUGUCAUCGUUUGUCUGCUCAUUGCCAUGGGAUUUGAUCCUGAGCCCCAACCUCCCGGAUCUCGAAACACAACUUUCAUUCUAACGGGCGAAAUUGACACGGGUCUGCCACCCGUGGGUCUACCACCUUUCAGCACUGAAACCAUGGAUUUUUCGGGAAUGGUGAAAACUCUGGGUUCAGCUAUAGCGAUUAUCCCCAUGAUUGCUAUCCUAGAGAGUGUGGCCAUUGCCAAGGCCUUUGCUGGGGGCAAGCCCGUGGAUGCCAGUCAAGAAAUGAUUGCAUUGGGCUUGUGCAACAUUGGUGGGUCAUUCUUCAGUUCCAUGCCCACCACGGGCUCAUUUUCGCGAACGGCGGUCAAUGCGGCUAGUGGCGUAAAAACCACCUUUGGCGGCAUUUACACGGGUGCCUUGGUGAUUUUAGCGCUGGCUUUUCUAAUGGACUAUUGUUGCUUCAUUCCCAAAGCAACCCUCUCGGCCGUGAUUAUAACCGCCGUCAUAUUCAGUGUGGAAUACGAGGUUGUGCGGCCAAUGUGGCGUUCAAAAAAAACCGAUCUUCUCUGUGCUUUUGUAACCUUUCUUUGUUGUUUAUUUUGGGCCCUGGAGUUCGGAAUUUUGGUGGGAGUGGGCAUUCAAGUUUUGAUUGUUUUAUACAACACUGCCCGGCCCCAUCUGACGAUCGAACUUUGCACGUUGGACGGCCCCGGGAGCGAUUACCUUAUGGUGGUGAUUGACCGCUCUCUCGUGUUCCCUUCGGUCAGCCAUGUGCGAAACAUCAUUGAAAAAGCCGGCGUGCGGCAAGGCGAGAGCAAAUUCCCUGUCGUGGUGGAUGGUGGACACAUUUUCACCACCGACUACACAGCCGCCAAAGGAUUCAAGGCCAUGGCUAAGGAUUUUGCUAAAAGGGGACAGAAGCUGAUCUUCUACAACCUGAAACCGUCGGUGGAAUCUGUUUUCAAGCGCUCUGGGGGUCACGUUCUUACCAUGGCAAACACCCAAGACAGCUUGCAUGAACGGUUAAGGGAUAUCUUCGCCCAGUCCAUGAAUGUCGUGGUCGACAGUGCCUUUCCCAACCCAGGAGGAGCCGUGGACCCUCUUCUCUUGGAUGGCCAUGUCAACAGCAACAAUGUCACAAAUCCAGUGUAAAGCGCAAAUCUGAAUCGCGAACAUUUUGCCUAGGCCAAAACGUGUCGAUCACGACUACCCUGGACUUUUUUUACAUGUACGUUCUUUUACAUUGUUUCUAAAAUGACGCUUCUCGUCUCUAAAUGAACGACUGACAACAAAUCUAUGCCAAAUAUCGAUCCCUGUACGUAUGAUAAAUAGACAAUCAAAUACGUU